UAGACAGCCCAGGCCUACCAGCUUGGGGGCUGCAUGCAGCUUAAAAAGAUGAAUGCCUGUCUUCCCACGUUUCGGGAAUCAUUUUGGCACAAGCGGAGGAAACAGGUAUCUGGACACCUAGAGUGAGGCAGCAGUUCUUAUGCCGAGGCAGAAAAAUAGGCACCUAGUGAUUUUUUACCCUGAAAAUUUAGCCACUGAGUGAGUUUAAGUGCCUAUAGAAUUCAGUGGGAGUUUUGUGGAUCACAUGGGACUGGAUAUAGCUGCUUAAGUACUUGGUGGAUCUAGGACCUAAAUGACUUGCCCAAGAUCACACAGGAAGUCAGUGGCAGAAACAAAGAAAAAUUGAGCACAAAUCUGAGUCACAGUCUAGUACUUUGACCACAAAAAACAGCCGAUCCCUCUGAGCCCAUACCGACCAGCUCUUUUGAGAGCGAUGGAUUAUGAGCCACAUAGCUAGUUAAGAACAUCGCGGGAGGGUGUUCAGGCAGCAGCUUGUGCCUCCUCCCUUUCUCUACCUGUGCAAGGCUGCAAGACAUGGGCAACCACGAGGGGGUAAGUGAUAGCAACCCUCAACAUCCAUAUACACUGAGCAGUCAGCUGUCGUUUUGUGGGAGGCAACUGCAGCUUUAAAACAGCAGCUCCAGUUUCUAAUCGGAUUGGGGGUGUGUGGGGGAAAAGUGCAGCAAUGGAUCUUUUCUUCUUUUGACAACCCUCUCCCCUUCAGGACUAAUACUGCACGGGGGAGGGGGGGGGGGAGAGAAAACCCCCAACAAGCCAGAAGCACCGAUCACACCUCCGUGUGGGAGCUAAUUGCUGGGAGCAGCGUUUGCCGCGAGACCUAGGAUUUCCCCUGCCUCCAACCUGAAGCGAUUUCUCCUGGAACAAAGUCAUCCCCCCCGCCGCACUCCACCUUUGCCGGCCGUUGACAAGUUUUGCCAUUUGGAUUUAAUGGAGCUGGGAUUCUUGUUACUCUUUGGACUUACAGUGACCUCGAGCGCAGGGUUCUCGCUGCCCGUGCCUCGCCCCCGGCCCCUAGCGGAGAGCGGCAGCGGCCGGGGCUCGAGGUUUCCCGCGCUCCGGGAGCAGGCCGGUGCGGAGAGCCCGGGCCGGGCCGCCGCAGGGGGGCUGCUGGCCGGCGGAGGAAGGAAGGCGGAUGGCCCGGGAGCGCCGCGCCGCAGAGCCAAGCGCUGCACUUGCUACACCUACAAGGACAAGGAGUGUGUGUACUACUGCCACCUGGACAUCAUCUGGAUCAACACCCCCGAGAGGACUGUACCAUAUGGGCUGUCUAACUACCGAGGCAGUUUCAGAGGCAAAAGGUCUACAGGACAGCUUUGCAAGAGCACAGAGUCUUUAGAUUGGUCUUUAUCACGGUGCUCUUGUUUGGACAUACGUGACAAACAGUGCAUGUUGUUUUGCACAAGAACCCAGGACAGCAGAUGUAAUCAGGGGUCACUGAAAAAGACAGCAGAGAAAGAGCAACGCAGAGAAAAUGAACAUGCCCUGAUUCAUUAGCACAGAGGGUCCAGGCAGUUUCUGAACCGAGAGGUUUAGUGUUUGUUUGCUGAAGCUCAGAAGCAAGAAUCUAAGCUACAAAUCUCCCAUGAGAUGGACAUAUUGGAAUGCUUCAGGCUGGCUGCCAAUAGAUAAUCGAGCAGUAUGCAAUGCCUUUAUUGCAUUGAUGCCAGUUUGAGGGCACAUGAACCUGUGUGAAGAACUUUGCAUCCUUUUAUACUUCUCUGACGAGUGUGUCAUAAACCAUGCAGUACAGGAUGAGUAUUUGCAUGUACCCUGGAGAUGCGGGGGAGGGAAAAAGGAGUAUUCAAACUUUAGCAACACAAACAGAUUCAAGAAUGACUUUUUUUACCUGGUUUUAAAAAUAAUACAGUAGAAACAUACUGUUCCACUUAGUGCUUGCUGCCUGCGUGAAGUAACCAGUUCCAGCUGUAUGCAGGCAAUUAUGAUUGGAGAAUCUGGUAAAUUAGAGAAUUGUCUGUAUAAGAAUUUGCAUUAUGGAUAAACAGAAACAAAAUAUGUCUCUUGCUAAUAGAUGCAAGCCUAUUAGCCAAUCAUCAUAUUGUAACGUUGUUGGCAGAUAUUUAAAUGUCAGUAUCUAUGCAGAAUAAAUAUGAAUGGUUAAUAUUUAUAUCAUUAUAAAAUAUAGCAAGUUAGCAAUAUACAGUAAGUAUUCAAUAGGUUACUUAAUUAAGGCAUAAAUUAUUUCUGUGCUGGAAAGUUAAAUCCAGAAACACAUCUACAAUGAAUAUCUAGGGAUAUACACUGUAGUUGAUGAAUGGAAUUCCAAUUAUCCACCAACAAGAAUCUGCUGAGGAUGAAACUAAGACUGACAGAUACAAAAGCAUUAUCUAAACUUCAUACAUUCAAAAUAAUUUACAUCUCUCUCUCCUAAUCCCAUCUGUGCUGUGCCAUACAUACCCAGUGCAUACAUUCCUAUUUGCUGAUGUUUUAAGACAUGUUUUUAACCCUUGAUUCAAACUACUUUACUGAGCAGUUGAAGGAUUGGGGAAAUGUCAAGAAAAUGGGAACAAGGACAAUGUUGGUCCCUGGAAAUUUAUCAUCAAAAGUGAUUUCCUCAGCAAGUAUGGACUGGACUGGUUUUUUGGGAGAAACAAAACAACAAGCAAGAGGAUGAAUAACGCUUCCAAAUGUUGCUCUUCGAUAUGAUUUAAAAUGUAACAGAGGAACUUCCUAACUUGUGGCAUUACUGAUUCCUUUGUUAGACCUUCAUACAAAUCUUCCUAGGUGAAACUAUGAGCAAAUGACAUUUAUAUUUUAUCAGAAGAUAGUUGCAGACCAAAACAAAAACUGUAAAUUGAAUAUAACUGAACUUUGAGUUCACAAUACAAAUGGAUAUAUAGGUUAAACAGUGGCAAUAGACAUUGAAACAAGAAAGGGUAAGGCCUCUGCCAAAAAAUGAUAUAUAUUAUAUAUAUAUGGAUAUAUUUCAUAAAUAAAUUAUUAGAGUUAUAAAGUGAAUAUAUCUUUCAAUUAUCACAUUUGUGUCACUGUUUUUUACUUGCUGGCAUGAUUUUGUAUGUUUAUAGAAAAGUAGAUUAUUUAUUGUUAAAACACUUCACCUAUGGCUUUUUGGUGUGGCUUUUUUAAAAUAAUGUAACAAAGGGAAUGUGUGUGUGUGCAUAUGUAUAUAUAUUUUAAAUAACCAACCUUUUGUUAUGAAGGCAAUAACGUUCAUUUAUAACCAUUUUUUGGAAUACAUAUGCACAAUUAGGAAUAUGAGAAUUUGCCAUCUUCAAAGGAGAGUGGUAGUUCUCCUAAUAAUCUGCGAAUUAAGUAAAAUCAAUAAAAAGAGCUCUUUGAUAUAACCAUGAAUUAAAAAGAUAUAAUUUAAUCUUCUGUCUCUUCCGUGGCUGAAUGGAUAUCUUGGUAUAACCCAUAUCUGGUCUCACUGGAGUUGUUGGACAAAUGCAGAAGCACUCAAUCCAGGCUAGUUAUGAACUCUGUACUCUUGCCUCAACGAUCAGGCAAUAAAGAGAUCCAAGGUGGCUAGCACCCUACUGACUCAAUGCUGCCUCCACUGGUACUAUUAGCAGGCUCUCUCUGGUAGAAGUGGUCAAUAUAUUUUGGAUCCCUACUAUUUUCUCCUGGGUGGGAGCUGGUGCAAUUUAAAUUUUGUAUCCUUACAUGGAGUCUCACCUCCCUUAAGUCCCACAUGUCUUCUCUACAGUGUUUUUUCCUAAAGAUGGAGUGCCAAAUUCACUGAGGUUCUAUGCCAUCUUGUAAUGACGUAAACUUACACUUGCCUGUCCGAGUUUUGGCAUUGCACUGGAUUUGACCCUGGAGUGUUGGAGGGACUGCUGUGCUUUGGCAUCAGGAAGAAAAUUACUGGAUUUUACAUCUGAAUGCUCCCUUAAAAUAGUUUGAUUUUGGGGUGCCCCACAUCAGAGGAUAUCAUUCUACCAAUGUAAUGUUGUAAUUCAUGUGAAAUUAGUUCAUCAUCAGGGCCUCAAAGUGAAGAAAACAAACAUAGUAAGUGAAAGUUAUACCAAACCCAGGAGAGGCAAAAAGCAGAGUCCUCUAUGGACCUCUUCUGCUGAAUCUUAACUAAUGCAGCCCAUGCCCAAACACUAGGCUCACGCAGGCCCUAGAGUUAUUCUACUUGAGAAAAGAUUACUAAAUGCUUUUUGUAACACACUGAAAUUUAUCAGAUACAUGGUUCAUGGAUGUGAUAAAAUCUUAUUGAAUUAUUGUGUGUAUGGACAGAUAGAAUUAAUUUUCCGUUGGAUAAAAUUAUGAUGAGCUGAAGUACUCUUCAUUUGCUUUAGAACAAUGUGCUGAGUUGGAACUUUGAUUUCCUGAAACUAUUUAUUAAAUGCAGAAGAAUUGACUUAAUCUUCUCCCCAGUGAUAUAAUACACCCACUUAACUGACAUGACUGACUGUAAACAGACUGAGUGAAGUGCUUUCCAAAGAUGCUAAACAAAGGCAUAUUUCUCGUUAUGUCUAGCUGUGUUAAUUAAGGACCAGACCCCAGACUUCUUAUGCAGGCAAAAGUCCCACCAAAUUCAAGAUGUAUGGCAAGACUUCAGUGGGAUUUCCACCUUCCUAUAGCAUAUACACUAACCCCUAUGAGGAUUCUGCUGUAUUUGAAAAAGCUGCUUUAAACAAUGCAGCUGAAGAAAAUGCUGUUAAUAAAGAACAAUGGCCACUUUAACAACACACUGCCACCUCCCUAAACAUUCCAGAGUCUUAGAAAUGAAUUAGCGUCUCAGCACAGUUCAUUUCUCUCAUUGGAGAGGAACGUUGGGGGUAGCUCUACACCAGGGGUCAGCAACCUUUCAGAAGUGGUGUGCCGAGUCUUCAUUGAUUCACUCUAAUUUAAGGUUUCACA